CCGCGCGUUAAAACCGUGGAACGAAGGCGUCCCCCACCAUUCAUAACAGCGGUGCGUUAAAAGGCAAGAUCUUGAGAACCGAGUCGCCAAAUCCAACAGGAAGCGGAAUUAAAGCGCACUUUAUUCACCGGACUGGACGUGCGCUUGGAUAACGCAUUCUCUCUCGCGCUUUCUCUCCUGUUUCUUUGUGUUGCGAUCGGUAUCACUGUACGUCCCAGCAAUACAGUACAGUGGCAAGGCUCAGAAAGUUGCACCAGAGAGUGAUCUUUCUGCUCUUUCCCAAUGAACCCAACGCACUUGGAGACGGGUGGCAAGCCAAGCAUGGGAUUACUUUUGUGAUGUGGAUUGUAACAACCUUGGGGGAGAAAAUUGCCUUCCUUCUCAACAAUGUGAGAGGACCUGCGUCCUGGAUUCUCAUUUUUCUGGAUAUCCUGAAAAUAAUCGGCAACAGUUGAGAGACGCUUUUGCUUGGGUUUGCUUUCUCGGGUGUCUCGCCCGCAUGUGUGUUGUGGGACCAACAUGGGAUUCUUGUUGCCCCUAUAACUCGGACGCCGUUUGAAGAAGGUUCCACUCAUGUCUAACUUGCUUUCAGAGACCUUUACCAAUGCGUUUGCUAAAGUGCGCCUAUCGUCCGAUAGGAUUUUAAAAAGAUUUUUUCGUCUUAUAAAUUCAAUCAUGAACUUUGCUGUCCGCGUGCUCCAGUUAUUUAUUGUGACGCUUCUGUAUUUUUCAGCUGUUAAGAGUGCCUAUAUACCCAAGGAGGGAGGCAGAAGCACGUAUGACGUGGUGCCAUUUAUGGAGGUGUACAACAGGUCGCUCUGCCGUCCUCGAGAAGUGCUGGUGGAAAUUCAGCAGGAAUAUCCCGAUGACAUCGAGCAUAUCUUUAUCCCGUCCUGCGUGGUCCUGACCCGCUGCGCUGGGUGCUGCAAUGAUGAGAUGAUGGAGUGCACCCCCACCGUCACCUACAACAUUACCCUCGAGAUCAAAAGGGUCAGGCCACUCCACCAUCAGGGCGACUAUUUAAUGAGUUUUGCAGAACAUAGUGAAUGCCAGUGUCGGCCGAAAAGAGAUGUUCCGGAGAAAAGAGAAAAAAAACCCCGGAAGGGCAAAGGCCAAAAGCGAAAGGGAAAGAAAAACCGCGAAAAACCGCAGGAUUUUACUCAGUGUGAGCCAUGCUGUAGCACAUGCUCGGAAAGGAGGAGAAGGAUGUUUGUUCAAGACCCAGAGACGUGUCUGUGCACCUGUAAAAACUCUGAAGUCUACUGCAGGUCUCGAAAUCUGGAACUCAACGAAAGAAGUUGCAAAUGUGACAAACCGAGGAGGUGAACCGUGCGGAGGUCGGACUUUGGCACGAAGAAAUAUUUCACCAACAACUCACGGCACUUUCAAUUUUCAGCAUCCCCCUUUUUUUGAGCCAUCGCAGUGAGAACAUAUUGCAGGGAAAGGGGGUCAAUGAAAUGUUCUGUCUGUAUAUUUUUACCAUAAGCGUGUGUAAUAGGCCGCCUGAGAGACUCAAAGCGCAGGAUUUGAUUUGCUGCUAAAAGGUGUCUAGAAAUGACCUGCAAAAACAUUUAUUGUUGGCGGCUGGCGUGCACCAACCCGUAAAACAAAAGCAUUUGACGGAACGCAUCACUGGAUUUGGGGUUACUGUUCGUGAACUUACACGUAAACUAAUGAAUAAUUGUGUGGAAGAUUGCAACACAUGAGCGAGUGUCCUUCCUGUUUGUUUGAGAACAGCGAGAACAAUAUUCACUUUUUUAGAGAUGGACGCUAAGACUGCAAGAGAGACUGAAGUGACUCUGGCAUUGGAAUGUCACAUGGAAACCUGCGACUGUGGUAAACGUUUGCACGAGACUCUGACCUUGAACAGACGAACCUAAGAAGAUUUUGGUCACAUUCACACUUUAAAGGGAUAUUCAUUCUUCGAUACGUUUGGAAACCACUUCGUGCAGAUUCAUGCAAUCACACUACUAGGGAUCUGAGGGGAUGAGUGUUUUUGUUCUUCUAAAAGUUUAGUAAUUUAUGAUUUGUUUUUCUCAGUAUUCUUUCUUUGUAUUUAAUUUGACCUAUUUAUGUCCAGUGUUGAAAAGGGUCUUCUCGCCCGCUUUCCGUCUGCAAAUCUUUUCGUGCUGUUUCAAUAUUAGUAGAACAGAGAAACAUUCCUAGAAACUGAAGAGCAAGUUCCUCUACCAACUGCCUUGAAUUUGCCAACGUGCUGCAAAAGUGUGUGUGUGUGCGUGCCAUCCAGCCUAGACAUUUGUGUAAAUGUGAUCUUUGUUUGGGCAAGUGCGACAUAAGCAACUUAUAUUAAUAUAACAGCCAAAUGUACAUACAGACCGAUCCCAUGCCAUCUUUUACUAUAAUAAGAUCUAACAGUAUGCCCAGCAGUCUGAUGUGCAGAUUUACAUUUUAAACAUUAUUUAUUUACUCCCUGUAAAUAUGUUUAAUAUUAACAACAUUUCUUGUGUCUAUGUAAUGUAGUAAAACAUAUUUAUUUUCAAAUUAUAUUGCCCUUUUUCUAUAAAACCUUGUUUGAAUUAUCCUUUUGAUGUGUAGAUACGAUUAGGUGACGACAACUUUUGCAAAAAGCUAUGAGUAUAUUUUUGUAGGUGCCAACGGCAGAGGUAUUUAUUAUUCACAACAUAAUGUUUAGAUCGCUGUGUAAAAAUGUUAACGUUAUCAGUAAGCUAUUUAUAAUGGAUUUUGUAUUAUAUGAUAAAUCGGACAAUAAUCUUUGA